CAACACCCAGAGGGAUGAGGGGCUUGGGAUGAGCCUGGCUUUGGAGAGGGAGACCUCCUGCUGCAGCCAGCCCUCACUGCUCACCACGAGCAGGUGGGGGGGUCCCUCCGUGGAGUGCUCAGGGGAUGGUGAGGGCAAGUGGCCACCUCCCCUUCCACAGCGAGCCAGGACACUCCAGUGACAGCCAGGACACAGGCACAGCAUGGUCACCUCCUCAGACCCCACCACCAUGGAAAUCCCCCCCAAGAGCCCUGAUGGGAGUGAGAGGUCUCCUCCCUCCAGGGAGCUGAUCACCAGUCGCACGGGGAGCACCCUCUGCAUGAGCUCCCGCAGCGAGUCCAUCUGGACCAGCACCUCCAGGAGCAAGUGGGAGGUCUACCACAAGCCUGUGAUCGUGGUGUCUGUUGGAGCAGCCCUCUUCCUCUUCGGGACGGUCAUCAUCAUCCUCUCCUGCUUCCUGAAAGAUGAGAAAAACAUUUUCAAAAUGUCUGGCCCGGCUUUCCUGUCCCUGGGGCUGAUGCUGCUUGUUUGUGGCCUUGUGUGGAUCCCCAUCAUCAGGAAGAAGCAGAAGCAGAGACAGAAGUCACAGUUUCUACAGAGCCUCAAGUCCUUCUUCUUUAACCGCUGAGAGCAGCCCAGGACCUUCCUGGAAAGGUUCCCCUCCCUUCUACCAAGCUGUGCUGAUUAGCCAUAAAAAGAAACAUGUUCUUGUACUCUCCUAGAGGAUUUCAUCCCAGUAAGUCUCUUCCCUACAUGGUUUCCAGUGUCAAAAUGAACUUUGUAUUUCAUCCAAGUAAUGUCAGAAAAAAAGGGAGAAGGAUUUUCCAGCUGAGCCCAGCAAGGCAGUUCAAAAUUCUCUGUGUCAUUGGGUCAGUGAGUGACCCAACAGCACAUGGUGGGUAAAGCAAAGCUCCCAAGUAACCUGGGCUAAAGCAAAGCUCCACAGUUACCUGGCUCCACCCAGGAGCUUCUGCAAGAUACAUCAGCAGAGAGGAGCCAUCUGACUGCAGAGUGAGAGCCAGGCUGGUGUGAACAUUGCUGCAAAAUGCAGUUUUGGGUGGAGAAACUGAGAGGCCAGAUGUGGUUCAUCCUGAGGUAGUGAAGAGGAGAAGCAGGACAAAAUAGUUCCAGAUCACUUUGUAUCAGAAGAGGCCACCACAAUGGGCAGUACACAUCAUCAGAGCUUAGGAAACCAGACAUGAUGCCCAUGGCCAGAACAUUCCUGUCAUUCCUAGAAUCACAGAAUUAUUGAGGUUGGAAAAGAAUUCCAAGCCCAUGGAGUCCACCCUGUGCCUG